AUGUUAACGAACAACUAAUAUACCUAACAUCCAGUUCAAUCUGUUCUAUACUAAUAAUAGCUUUAAACUAAUCAGCGACUUCCUCUUUAGCAACUUUAAUAACCUGUCUAAAUGAAGUUAAUAUAACCUCAACCAUCAAUGAUAUUUUAGCAAUAAGCAGCUUAGAGUCAACUAUAUACAUAAUCAAAUCAACAUGUUAAAACUAUCUAAUAACACCAUAUGCAUCAUACUCAUGAAUAUAAAAUCCCUCAAUAUUAGUAAGCAAUUGUUUCUGCUCCGUAAUAAUCCAUUGUUGCUGCUCCUCCUCCUCCUUAAUAACCUGAAAUUAAUGAGAUGUUUCAUGUUGAAAGAGAGUUAUAAGUUCUUUCUGUAGAAGAUGUAGAGGAACCUUGGAAAAAGAAAUGUGUUGAAUUAGAAAUUAAAAUAUUUGAUUUGUAAACUGAAUUAGGCAGAUUUAAAAAUUAAGGAUAAGAAUUGAAAGUUACAUCAAAUGAGGAAUUCCAAGUAAGAGAAUUGGAAGCUAAAAUCAAAAUGAUGAAGGAUAUUGAGGACGCCUUAAGAAAAGAAAUAGAAAGCUAAUAAAGUGAAAUUGAUUCUUGGAGAUAGAGAUAUUCCAAAUUGCAAUUAGAGUUUUAAUAAUUGUUAUAAGGAGGUGAAGAAGUCAGAUAGUUAAGAGAUGCUUUAGCCGAAAAAGAAAGGCAAAUUUUGAAAUUAGAGAAUGCAGUAAAUUCUUAAAAUGUGGAAAUGCAAAAUUACAUGAGAUUAAUUCAAAAUAAAGACUAAGAAAUUGCAUAGUAUAAAUAAAUGAUCCAUCAAUUAGAAUAGGAAAUGAGUGAGUAUUAAUAAACUACUGAAAAAAUGAAAUAUUAUUCUAAUGAAGCUGAAAUUUGGAAGGAGAGAUUUAUGAAAGCCAAUCAAGAUUUUCACACUGCCCAAGAAUAAUGGAUGAUGGCUUAAGCUGAAUUAGAUUCUUUGAAAAAACAAAAAACUUUUACUACUACUGAAAAAACUACUACUGUUUAAUAAACUAAUACAAAAUAAAGCAAGGCUGCUGCCAAAUAGUAUUGA